UGAAAACUGGCGGUUGAUUAGAUUUUUUUUUUCGGAAGAGGAGAAUCAGCGAAAAGGAGCAUUAACAUGACUGCUGAUUCUGAACUGGAGAUCCGUGAAACUUUCCAGCGUGCUCAGAAAGCGCACAACAACAAGGCCAAGCUGGUGGCCAGUUUGAACAACACAUACGGCAAGUUACAGGAUAAGAAUGCGUUCCACCAGGAGUUUCUGCGCUGCCUAAAAUACGCGCUGAUCGUCUACACCAGAGAACCGGCGGUCGAAAACAUCAUCGACUUCGUGGUGAAGUUCGCCGCCAGCUUUGAGACACCUGUGGAGGAGGAGCUCGAGGAGGAAGACGACGAAGAGGAGGAUACAUUUCUGAACUUCCUAUUCAACUUCCUGUUGGAGUGUCAUGGAGUGAGCAGCCACGCAGUGCGCUUCCGGGUGUGUCAGCUGGUGAACAAGUUACUGGGCAGCCUGAGCGAGAAUGCGCAGAUCGACGACGGGCUGUGUGAGCGCAUCCACGAGGCCAUGCUGAUCCGCGUCACAGACAAAUACCCCAACGUGAGGAUCCAGGCCGCGCUCGCUAUGGCCCGCCUGCAGGACCCCGAGGACCCUGAGUGUCCCACGGUCAAAGCCUACAUGCUGCUGUUGGAGAACGACUCAAACCCUGAGGUGCGGAGAGCCGUCCUGUCCUGCAUAGCACCCUCCGCCCUUACACUCCCUAAAAUCUACAGACGUACACGAGAUGUUAAGGAGAAAGUCCGCAAACUGGCCUAUCAGGUGCUUGCCGAGAAAGUCCAUAUCCGAGCUUUGACCAUCGCUCAGAGAGUUAGCCUGCUACAGCAAGGACUCAACGAUUCUGCUGCCUCGGUGAAGGAAGUGGUAAAGCAGACCCUUAUUCCCUCCUGGCUCCGCCUCCUUCAGGGAGACGUGUUGCAGUUACUCCACAGACUGGACGUCGAAAACUGCGCAGACACCGCGGUGUCCGUCCUGCAUGCCCACUUCUCUAUGGCGACGACCCCCGAUGACCUCCUGAGCGCAGCCAAACUGGACGACAGAAAGCUGAUCCCGAUAGACGCCCUGACGUGUGAGAACGUGCUAUACUGGCGUGCGCUGUGCGAGUUUGUAAAGAGUAAAGGAGACGAGGGAGAGGAGCUUCUGGACAAGCUGCUACCCGAACCUGCUCGGUUUGCAGAGUACCUGUACAGUUUCAUGAAGACGCUUCCAGCCAUGUGCGACGACGACCGAGCUGAUCUGACUCAGCUAGAGUCCGUGAUGAUGAAGGAGUUCAUCUCACAGCAGCUCAUCCAGCUGGUGGACUGCUUGGACACUGCAGAGGAGGGGGGAAGAAAGCGUGUGCUCGCCGUCCUGAAGGAGAUGUUGGUGCUGCCGAACACGCCCCUGUCUCUGAUCAGUCAGCUGGUGCAGAGGCUCAUGGGAAUCAUCCACGAUGAUCAGCAGCGCAUCACAACGGUAGCCGAGAUCAUCUCAGAUGUGAGGGAGCCGAUCGUGCCCGUGACGCAAACCGAGGACGAGAACGAGAAACGCAAACGACAAGUCCGACUGGCAGAGGUGAAGGUGUGUAUCAUGGAGUGUAAGCAGCAGCUGGAAGACUGCAUCAGCGCUCAGGAUUUCGGUCGCGCUGCCGAGUUGAAGAAUUCCAUCACCGAGCUGGAGGAUCUGAGGAACCAGUUAGUGCAGGAGAACACACAUACCGAGCCUGCUAAAGAGCAGCACGCAGAGAAGUUCUUGGUUUCAGGUCUAGAACUCUCCAACGUUUCAGCUCUAAGCUUUAUCAAGAAUGAUCCAGAGACGUUACUGAAGUGUCUGACGAUGUGUACUGAAGCCCUGAAACAGAUGAACAUCAAGCGCGGGAUUUGUCCGACCAUCAACGGCCUCCUCGACUCGCUGGUGCUGCCGUGCGUGUCAAACUCAAACGCCGCAGUGAGAAACAUGGCCGUGGUGUGUUUGGGCACCGCAGCUCUCCACAGCAAAGACCUCGCCAAGACACACCUGGUGCUCCUGCUGCAGAUCACCCAGCUAGACGAGCCUAAGAUCAGGAUCAGCGCUCUCAGAGCCGUGGUCGAUCAGCUGCUCUUGAACGGCCUAGACAUCCUGGGCGAUAGCUCCGCCUCCCAGCAGACGCAAACCUCCGACUGGCCAGACAGCAGCGAUGGACCGGCGGAUCGUCCAGCCGAAGAGGAGGACAAUCCUAUACAGAGCAUCCUGAAACUGUUAGCCGAGUUCCUGGACAGCGAGAUCUGUGAGCUGCGCACGGAGACGGCCGAGUGUGUGUGCAAGCUGCUGUACUGUGGCAGGAUCGUGAGCGUGAAGCUGCUGACUCGCCUCAUCCUGCUCUGGUACAACCCGCUGACCGAGGAGGACCAGAAGCUCAGGCACUGCAUCGGAGUGUUCCUGCAGCUCUACACGCACGCUCACAGGACUCAUCAGGAGUGUGUAGAGGAGAGCUUCAUUCCCACAAUGCGAACGUUAUUCAACGCACCGGCCACGUCCCCGCUGUCCGAGAUCGACACCAACAACGUCGCUGAGCUCUUUAUUGAGCUGACACGGUCCAACGCGCAAACUCAGGGUGCCAGGGUGCACGAGUCUCUGGCUGUGCGAGUGUGUAACGAGAUCCUGCAAGACGCUUCUGCCCCCGAGGUGCGUCUGUACAGCAAAACCCUCGCCGCGCUGGAGAUCAGCGCCGAGCCGGGACCUGCCAAUAACGAGCUGCAGCAGCUCCUCAUCUCCAUCCUGCAGGAGGUGAAGGAUAAGCACUGCGUGAAGGCCUUGGAGAAAGUGCUCGCUCGUCUUCAAGGAGAGCAGUGUGUUCGAGUAACACACACCCAGGAUGCUGUGCUGAACGCCGUGGAUGAAAACGCCAGCGAAGUCGUGAAUGGGGAUGACGGCCCACCUAAACGCCCCAGAAGAGGUCAGAAGAAAGCCACAACUGCCCGCAGCGUGAAAAAACAGUCUAAAUCGAAGGAGUCUUCUGACGAAAGCGACGAAGAGAACGUUCCGGAAGCCGCCGAGGCUCCGUCGGUGCGCCCAAGUCGGCGCGCUAAAACGGCAGCUCUGGAUAAAACCAGACAGGACCUGACAUCGCUGAUGAAUCACGAAGCCAGUGCGUAGGUCAGGGCUAGUUUAAAACAUCUUCAAACACACCCUGUGUGUAAGUAUGUGUGUGUGUGUGGGGGAAAACAUUAUGCACAAUGAUAACAUGUUCAGUCUUGUAUACAUGUUUAACAUUAAAUAUACACACACACACCACUCGUUCAGAAGUGAUAUUUAAUUCAUAUAAAGCCGCUAUCACUUAAAGAAUAUUCACAGCUUACUAAUACACCGCUAGUAAUGAUUCAUAGUCCGCUAAAAACGCUCACUUGCUGUGAUUUUUUUCUUUUCUUUUUUUUUUUCUUUUUUCAUUGUACUGCUGUACAAUGUUCACUCUUCUCUAUUAUUAAUCAUCACUGCAGGGUGUAGCUCCUUUAUUCUCCAUGUUCAAGUUUUGACCUUUACACACACACACACACACACACACACAC